AUGGCCGACUUUGACACUGACAGCAUCUCGUUUGGGCUCUUUGCACCGCCACCGUUCGUCCCCGCCACUGUUCGUCCCCGUCUCACUCUCGACGCUCCUCAUCUCACCUCAACUAUUAAUUACCUCCAGGUUGGAUAUUAUGCUAGGUACCUUGCUAUCCAGCAACCACUGGGCUGUGGACGUGGAAAACUUCCCGAAUCGUCCCUCUACCCGCGACACGCCUCUAGCUUGCUUCCACCAUCGAUUCAACCGGGCCACUUGCAGCCUUGUUUGGUCCGAUGCCCGGGACAUGCCCUGAUGCCACGCAUACCGAGGGGGUACAACAUGUCAAAAGACGACUCCCGUCUGCCCCCUUGGAUGCUUAACCACUUGACACUUGUGACCUCCGGGUUGACACAAGUUAGAAAGGCACGCGAUCCAGAAGGAAACCACUCAUUCUGUGACUCGGAAGAGGGUCUCCCCAACUCCUGUCGGCCCCGUGUUGGCCACCCCCGAGCCUUGAACCCAGGUCGCCCAGCGAGUGACAGGCCCGUUUUCUGUGGCUGGAAGCUCACUGCAAGCCGACGGGACAGUCUUAGUCAGAUGCCAUUCACAAUGGAAGGCAGGCAGGCACCGCUACCUUACUACUACAAUUCCCCCGUCGCACUCGAUCAGGUACCAAAAGGAGACUUGCCUUGCCAGCUCCUCCAGGCUCCGAGUAGCUCCGUCUCACAUGUGCGUUACGUAAAGGGGUACCGUGACCGCAUGUCCCACCGGUUGCCAAGCCACCGUGGCCACCCCCCCAUGCAGCAAAUCGUUGCUCUCAACGCCUCGUACCGCACCUCUUCGCAUGAACCCUGCACUUUCGAACCCUCUUCUGCUCUCUUGGACCGCAGAAUGUUGACCGACGACAUCAUCGUCAUAUCUCCGCCGCAGUCUCCGUCCCUACGGAUACAUACCACGGAGUCUUACUACGGAGACCCUCUAGUUGAGUCUAGCUUCUGCUGCUCUGCAUCGUCAUCUUCCAGGCCAAACCCUCCUCAAUCUAUCCCACUCUAUACCAUCCCCGGCCCUGGUCUCUCCUGUGCUACCUUGUCCUGUUUGCUCUACUCUCUACUCCCGCUCCCCGUUGGCCCCAUGUCCCGCUCACGCGCCCUUGCUCCAAGUAGAGUUCUCGAAGCCCGUUGCCUCGGCCAGUGCAUAUGGCUAUUGUCUGCUCGGUGUCAACCAGCCAACAUUACUUUCAUCACGCGUCCUAGACAGCAUAGCAUAUGCAAAGAACUGGACACCUGUAAAGAUCUGCCUAGGACAUCUAUUGCCUGCAAGCCAGCACCGGCCUUCGCACCUCCCAAUAAGAAGACCGGCCGGGGAGAUUAUCCCGUCAAUCGAUGCCCGUCAAUCGAUGCCCGUCAAUCCCCGUGGGAUCUGCUUCACCGUCAUCUCAGUGAUGGCCCUUUCGUCUCUAUCCGCAAGACCGCCGCCAGCCACGACUACUCCGUCAGGUCGUCAACAACGACUAACAACCAAUAUCCGUACGGCUGGCUUAUUCCGCCAUCCCGUCACUGCAAACAAGCACUUCGUUCAUCCCGCCUUCUGUCUUGCCCGCCUAGCAUGACCCAUGCUCGCAUCCACACCCGACCAGCAUCUCCUUUUUCAGCCUCCAUCUCGUACCCAAUAUUGGGGCUCUUCUUUGGGGAAUCGAGCAUGUACGCAAUGCUUCGUCAAUCUCAUUCGCAAUCUCUGGCCACGCAGCUUGCUCCGUCUCUUACCCAAAAAUCAUCAAAAUAUCCAUGGCUCUUAACGUCCCCACGGUGGUAUCGAUAUAGCACAGCCGGCAUCCCAUGCCUGCACCAUGUCGCGUCGCGUCGCUUCGUUAAUCGCCCACCACCUUCCGAGGUCAUUAUUGCCAGCCGAACCGGGUGCUUCCCCCGCCCGUAUCGGAGGCCUGGCGACCCCAUCACCAUUGACUUCCAUUUCCGCAAAAAAAGGCCCGAUCGCCAGAAAGGCGUUACACGACAUUGUGUAACCCCCUUUCUCCUAUCCGUACCUAUGAUGAGCCGUCAGAACUUCAUACACAGGUGGACUUUGCGAGGGAUUACCACGUUGCCGUUGCGCCGUGACCCCAGCGUUUUGUGCCUGAAGAUCCUUUCCGUCUUUGCUUGCCCAAAUGCCGAUAACCUUGUCUUCUGGCCCCUCUGCGUGCUGUAUCCUUCAGAGGCUCAAUCUACAAAUGCCUGGACCGCCUAUACUGAAGUCGGCCAAUCUUGUCAAUAUCUCUGCUACUUCCGGCUUUUCCGAGCGUGCAUGUUCGUGAGACUUGGAGAGCUUUCAAUCCCCACGUUUUAUUUCAGCUGUACGGUAUUUGCGGCCUGGCUUCUAUAUCCAUGGGAUAGGAUCAGAUCACCAGUGCGUAUAGUAGUCGCUGCUGAUUGGAGUGUGGCAUUUGGUGUCUGCAUCUUGUCGCCUCGCCGAGCACGGCCACGCUCUACCUUCCAACUCACAAUGAAGGCGCUGGUCACAUCGUUAAGCAUAGAGAAUGGACCAAUGUUACUUGUCAUUGAUGGAAUCUUGGGAUCGGUCUUCGACUUUGAUAGCAACAGGGCAGAGGACAAGUAUACAUGGAUACGCCUAAUGAUAGAGGUACCAAAAGGCCGUGGAGAUCGUUGUUCGUGUUCGUUUCCAACGGACGAGGAGCAUGGACUUUCUUUAGAAACCUCAUUACGUGGUGACUCUAGAGUAGAUAUCGUUAACACCGUCUAG